CAAAGUGCUGGAGGUGCUGCUCCAUGGAGUCCCUCAGGGAGUGCCUGCAGGAGGAGCCGCUUUAGGACACGGAUCCCAAAGCAGCAAGAGGUACCAGGAAGCGCCGCUGAUCUGCACAGACCCCUUUGCCUGCUGCUGCCCCACAGGGAACAGGGAGCUGCUGAUGAGCCACAUGGUCCAUCCUGGGAUUUUCCAAGCACUGACUGCCCAUCCACUCUGACCACAGCCAGGGGCCACAUCCCACUGCCUGCCCAGCGUCCAUCCAUGGAGGGGACCACCGUGUUCCCAUCUCCCGUCUCACCCACUGAAGGGGACUAUCUUUGUGAGACAGAUGCCACCAAUGUGGCCAUGCACAGUGUGACUCUGCUCAUCUGCCUCUGUGGGCUGGCAGGGAACGGAGCUGUCAUCGGCCUCCUCAACCUGAAAAAUUGUAACUCUGGCAUCUUUGACUUGGCCGUCUCCGACUUCCUCUUCCUGCUCUUCACAGUCCUCUCUGCCCUCCUCUUCCUGGUGGAGGACAUGUCCUGCACUCAUAUCAUGCCCAUGCUGCACCUGAGUUUCCUUUUCCGGAUGUCAGUGGUCUCCUACUACUGGGGGCUGUUCCGACUGAUACGCAGUAUCACUGUGCUUUAUGUGCGCAACCUCUUCCAGCUCUGCUGCCCCUAUGACCUUCCGGAGCGCAUGUGGUUGGUUGUGGGAAGUGUCCAGUCCUGUGCCUUCUUUGCUCUCUUUGCUGUAAUUCCUGCAGUGACAUUCCUGUGCCCAUCACAUGAGCAGGAACACUGCCGUGCGCCUCUCAUCUCCAUGUACGCCAUCAUCCUGCUCUUCUUUGUUGCACCCGUGGUCAUUUCCAGCACAAUUGACUUGAUUAAGGCCAAGUGGGGCUCCCAGCAGCAGCAACCCAAGAGGCGCGACAUCGUUAUCAUCCUCACUCUGCUCCUCCCUCCCCUCCGCAGCCUCUGCCAUUUCCUGCAGCAGCUCGGUUACAUCGCUGUGUCCUCCCAGGUGGUUUUCCUGCUCACCUGCAUCAACAGCAGCAUCAAACCCUUCAUCUACUUCUUGGCAGGGAGGUGCAUGAGACCCUGCUCCAGGACAAGUCGCUGGAGGCUCUGUACAGUGGGGUCCCUCCGUCUCUCCCUUCAGAGAGUCUUUGAGGAGCAGAAAGAAAAAACUGAUCACAGCGAUGAUGACACCAGGGACACAGGGUUCUGA